AUGCCAUACCCAAUUUUGGUUUCACUUGGUAGAGAACCGAAUGAAUACAUUAUGAACUUUAAUUCCACCGUUUUUGAAUUAGGUCCAUACGAAAUGGGAUCUUGGGACCCAAGUUUAAGAAGUUUCAUGCAAACUAAAUAUUUGGGUAGUAGUGUUGAUGAUGGUACUGCUUCUGGAAAAUGUAUCAAUGGUUUUGAUAAUGCUGGGUUUUUGAUGGGUACAUCUUCGUCUGUUUUCAAUGGUAUUACCAUGUAUUUUAAAGAUCUUGGAUUCCUCCCAUCAUUCCUCAAAGGUAUUGUCAAUGGCUUGAUUUUUGAUCCAAUUCAAAGAUCCAAUAUCGAUAUUGCUCAAUACAAUCCAAAUCCAUUCUAUAAGAAAAAUAAUCCAGAUGGUAAGAUUGCAAAAUCUAAAGAGCUUUAUUUAACUGACGGUGGUCAAGACGGACAAGAUGUUCCAUUUCUUCCAUUGGUUCACAGAAAUGUUAGUGUGAUUUUUGCUUAUGAUCAGGGUGAUGAAAGUUCUACCAAUUGGCCAGAUGGAACUGCUAUGGUCAUGACAUACCAAAGGCAAUUUUCCAAUCAAGGUAAAGAUAUUGCUUUCCCAUAUGUUCCAGAUCAAAAUACUUUUAGAAACUUGAACUUGACUAGUAGACCAACUUUCUUUGGUUGUGAUGCUAAGAACUUGACUUCCCUUACCGAAAACAUUUAUGACGUUCCAUUGGUUAUUUACAAUGCUAAUCGUCCAUUUAGCUACUGGUCCAACACAUCUAUGGUUAAGUUGAAGUAUUCUAAUGAUGAAAGAAAUGGUAUGAUCCAAAACGGUUAUGAUCUUGCUUCCAGAAAGAAUGGUGAAUUAGACAGUGAAUUUGCUGCUUGUGUUGGUUGUGCCAUUAUUAGAAGAGAGCAAGAACGCCAAGGCAUUGAGCAAACAGAACAAUGUAAACAAUGUUUUGCCAAAUACUGCUGGGAUGGAUCUAUCUAUGAAGGUGAAUCAUUAGGUGAUAAUUUCAGUGAUGAAGGUUUGACCAUUUCUGCUGAAUUCUACAACAGUUCCAACGUAAAAGGCUUUAAUGACGGAGGUGAUUCAUUUCUUUAA